CCAACAGGUGUAAAGAUGCAUGAAUUUUAAGCAUUUGAAAAGUAACUAUUGUUUAAAAUCCAAUUAUUAACCAUGGUUAAAUCCAACUCUAGUUAGGGUUAACCCGAUUUUUUUUUUUUUAUUAUAUAAGAAACAUGAGAUGAAACCCUGCAAUAGUCACUACCAAUUUUCUCAAUUGCAUAUACAUUUUGUGCACUUUUUCAGGUUUCUUAUUUCAAUUUGGUGGAAAAGAUAGAUAGAUAAAACCCCAACCAGCUCAAACACCCGCCGAUUCAAACUCCUCAAUUUUAUCAGUACUUGGCGCAAUUAAAUAUUAAACGGUUCGCUGUUUUGUGGAGAUCGUUACCUAUAUCAGUGCAAUUUUUUCGUGUUUCUAGUGAGCUAUCAGUGGGUGCACUUCUGCUGUUGUAUUGCCAUAUCAAGAGUACCGUCGAUAAUCUAGUGAAGCGUCGAAUAUGGAGUGCAAUAGAGAUGAAGCGAUGAGGGCAAAAUCUAUCGCAGAGGCGAAGUUGGAGCAGAGGGACUUUUUUAGUGCAAAAAAGUUCGCCUUGAAAGCACAAAAUCUGUACCCAGGCUUGGAUGGUAUUUCCCAGCUGCUGAUGACACUCGAUGUGUACAUUUCAGCAGAAAACAAAAUUAACGGGGAAACGGAUUGGUAUGGAGUGCUAGCUGUGAGCCCUUCUGCCGACGAGAACACGAUAAAGAAACAGUUCAGGAGAUUGGCUCUUCUGCUGCACCCGGACAAGAACAGCUCUAUCGGUGCAGAUGGUGCGUUCAAGCUUAUCUCCGAGGCCUGGAAGUUGCUGUUGGACGAGGACAGAAGGUUGGCCUACAACCAACGAAGAGGAAUUAUCGGAUUCCAGCAGAGAAUUCCGGCACACACUGGCGGUGCACCUUCAGCGCACACUAGUUGUGCACCAUCAACACCCUGCACUACCGGUGCUCCAUCAGCGCACGCUGGUUGUGCUCCAUCAGCACCAGGCACUAGCGGUGCUCCAUCAGCGCACACUGGUGGCGCUUCAUCAGCACCAUGCACUAGCGGUGCUCCAUCAUCGCACACUGGUGGUGCUCCAUCUGCACACACUGGCUUUCGUCCACAAGUUUACACAGGUGCUAGUCCAUCGGCAUGCACUGGCGACCAUCCACCAGCACAACCAGGUGUCGGUCCGUCGGCACGCCCCGCUGGUCGCCCCCCAGCUCACACCUCUGUCCCGCCAGCAUAUACCAGCGGCCCAUCAGCAUAUUCCAGCAGCUCGUCAGCACCACCUGGAGCAAGAACUACAGUCCCGAAGGCACAGAAGAAGACUGCCAAGGUGCCCUCAAAACCAGCUCCUACUCCACUCUACAAGAAAAACAGUGAUACUUUCUGGACAAUAUGUAAUCUCUGCAACAUGCAGUACGAGUACCUCCGGAUGUAUCUGAACAAUAUUCUCCGCUGUCCAAGCUGUAAGAAGCCAUUUAUGGCGUUAGAGAUGGCUCAACCUCGUUUUUCCAAAAAAUGCAAGCCUGUGCCUUAUCAGGCAAAGAAGAAGCCGUCUGGUAAUUCAACCACUCAAAAUGCUGAAGAUCCGGCUCCUUCUGUGGCGUCAAGAGAACCCACUUUUGUUGUGAUAAGCCAGCUUCCAAGCGAUAAGAAGCGAAGAAGUCGUCCGGCCCCAUCAUCUGAUCCAUGUCCUAAGAAAGCAAAAGUAGAUGUUGCUAGUGACAGUUCCGGAAUGAACAGUAAUAUGGCACAGGGAUCUGCAAGUGUGUCUGGAUCGAAUAUUUACGAUUUUCCUGGCAUGAAUCGUAAUAUUCCACAGGGGUUUGGCGGCUUUGCAACUACAGCUGGAACUGGAGCAACAACGUAUGGUUUUCCUGGCAUUAACCAUAACGCUGCACAUGGAUUUGGUAGCUUUGUGGCUACAUCUGGAUCUGGAUCAAAGACUUAACUGAAUACACAGAUAUGGGACCUCAUUUGUGGACUAAUUGAUCUUCGUCAGCUAUAUAUGUUAAUUCUUUUGUACUUUUAUCUUCGCCACAUGAGAGAUUGGUUAUUCUUGAUUGAGAUGUGUGGUGAAAAGAGAAGAGAGGUUAUUUUUAGGUAAAAUAUUUAUGAUAAUCUAUGCCUUGUCUGUAGAAAGUUAUAACGUCAAAUUCAAAUUUAUUUAU